AUGGAGUCUGCGUGGAAAUCAAUGCUUAGGACCCAAGGGAAGCGUCGGUUAGCGUCGUCCAGCACCGCUUCCACCAUUGAAAAUGCUGCUACGUCUUCUAAGGGCAGUCCGAGUAGGAGCGAGUACAUGAAGGGUGAGUACGCCCCAGUCUACAUUGUGUUGGGGUUCGUAGGGAUUGUUUUGAUGAUGGGAACCCACACGGCGAAGCAGCAGCUGCUGCAUUCCCCGGUGGUCAAUGUGAGCAAGAAGAAGAGGGAGAGCAUCUCGGAGGUGGAGGAGCCCGACACCGUCAUCAAUUCCGCCGACAAGUUUAUCAACAAAUCCAUUCUUAGGAAGGUGGCCCACAUCCAGGACAACACCAAGACUGCGUAG